CUCUCCGGACGGGACGGCAGUGCCCCCUGGCGGCAGCGGGGUGCCCCGGGCCCCUGCCCGCAGCCCGGCAUGGAGGAGGAGGAGGGUGCCGCGGGCGGCGCGGAGCCGCGGCACCCCCGCCGCCGGCUCGGAAGCGAGCGCUGCCCCAGCCCCAGCCGCUUGGACGUGAGCUCCAGCCGCUUCGACCCGCUGCUGGCGCUGUACUCGGCCAGCACGCCGCUGCCCUUCCCCUCCGCGCCCUGCUUCAACAACCUCGCCGAGUACGAGAGCUUCCAGCGCGGCCUGCUCCGCCCGCGGGGCCGCCGCUCCGCUCCCUCUCGCCGCGGCCCGCCCGCUUCCCGCUCCGCCCGCCGGGGCCCGCCCGCCGCCGACCCCGAGCGCAUCCAGCGCCUCCGCAGCCUCAUGGUCAACGCGGGCCACGAGCAGGAGGCGGCCGAGGGCGGGGGCACGGCCCGGCGCCGGCGGGCACCGCGCAACGUCCUCACCAGGAUGCCCCUCCAUGAAGGCAGCCCACUGGGGGAACUUCAUCGCUGUGUCCGAGAUGGUGUAAGAAUCAAUGUCCAUAUCCGCACUUUCAAAGGACUUCGUGGAGUCUGCACAGGUUUUUUGGUUGCAUUUGACAAGUUCUGGAAUAUGGCCCUGACAGAUGUAGAUGAGACAUACAGAAAACCAGUGAUGGGCAAAGCGUUCUACGCAGAGCCUCAGCUCUCACUAACCAGGCUGUUUAACAGACUCAAGCUGCAGGAUUCCUCAGUAAAGAAGGGAGCUGACUCAAAGACUGUCUCAGAGGAGCUAGCCCUGACAAAUGACUCUCAGAUGCUGGGGUCGAAAGCUGGAUCAGGACGAGGGAGAGCAGAAGAUGAGCGUGAGAGGCAGAAACGCUUGGGCAGAGGUGGAGAAAAGAAGAUGCCAGGUGACAGUUCACAUCUGGCUGCCAGAGGUGAAGCUGAUGUGGGCAGCGGGCCUGCCCGCACAGAGGGUGCCAGUGCUGGUGGUACCCGUACAAGAAGCCAGUCACGGAGGAAAAGGCGGCCCAAAGUGGAUUAUCAGCAGGUGUUCACACGUCACAUAAACCAGAUCUUUAUUCGAGGAGAGAAUGUCCUGCUUGUCCAUUUAGCACAUUGACUUAGCUGAGCCUUUGUCAGUAUAUUUAUUUGAUAGCAUGAAUUGCCGCUGCAGCUCACAUCGCUAUUUAGCAUUCUCGUUAAGUAUGAUGGUACUGUGACUGGUUUCCCAUUGCCAUAACAAGAUAGGGGAAAUAAUUCUAACUGGAGCAUCCUGAACUUGAUGCCAAAGCAGCCUCCUUAGAUCUCUGUUGGGGAUUUCUGUUGCUGACGGAGUCAGAAAUGCAGUUGUUUCUGUGAAGUGGGCACAGAUCCUACUGCUCCUUAAAAAGAAGCUAAACAGAGGGGGCUGGAAGAGAAUAUUGGUGUACUCGGCUACAAGAGCUAAUUGUGGCCCACAUUUAAGGAGCUUAAGGUUUUUGUUUGCAUGUUCUGAGUAAUCUCAAAAGAAGGUUGCUAAUGAAACUGAUAGUUUAUCUCUGCUGUUACAUGGAUGUUCUCUUUUCCAGACAGUUCUGACAGUCAUUUUGGAAGUAUGAAAAGGUGGAGUAACGUGCUACUUGGUGGCUAUUAGCUGCUUCUUCAGUUAGCUCUCUAAUGCCCUGUAUGAUAGAAAGCCUCUCAAUUGAAAACUACUCUUUUUCUCUGAAUAAUGGAAGGACAUUAAUUUGUUUUUACGAUGUCAAAGCUUGGGCUUCUGGUUUUGUAUGCUGUGCUUUAGCCCUGUGUCACCAGCAAGCAGCUAAUGUAGCUGAUCCACAGGCCUCCAUAUUUGGAGUUUCUCUGUAAAUAUUGUGGUUGCAGAUGGCAAAUUGUACUUCCAUAUUUCACCCAUUUGCUACUUGGUGUAAUAGUGAAGUUUGCAAAGAUGUCAUUUUUCUUCUCAGAUUUAAGUGUUUGUGCUGAGCACAACUGUACUGUAUCUAAGCGCCUUUCAAGUUCCCUCUAUUGCAACUAGAGGUGCUGUGUUUCCAGCAGCUCUUACGGAGGAGAAAUCUUCAUGGUUCUUUCCUAUCCAUGUGAAUGAUGUAUCAUCUAAUUACAUUUAAACUGAGCUUUGGAGGUGUGCUUACAAAUGUUUUGAAGUAUAAAAGUCAAAGUCAGCUUAUCAUAUAACUGCUUUCCAAGAGAGCUACAUGUAGAAGUUUGAGGGUAAAUGAAGCUGUUACAUUAUCUAGUCUAUUCCCUUAGUUGUGAAAGGACAGUAGAUUUCAUACUGCUACUCCUGUAUUCAUCUCGGCUGACUUACGCUUUGUGUUUAAGAUGAAGUUGGGAAAUUGCUUUAUAGUAGGGCUUGUGUUGCAUAUAGAGGUUGUAAGUCUUCAAACUGGUUGACAUGUACUCUCAGUGACAUGUAUUUCUGUUGCUGCAAAUGCAACAUGCUGCUUGCUUGUCAUUAGGGGUAUGUCUGGGGUUUGGGUGGAUUACAGAAAUCGUUUAGCAGGAGUUUCUGGACACACAAAGCAGCUGGAUGCCUCUGGGGGAGCCUGAAACUUUUAUGGCAAUGUUUCAGAUGACAAGGGCCCCUGAGCUGCAAACCCAAGUUCAGCCUGGGACAGAAGUGCCUCCGAAUAAAACGUACUGUUGGCAAAUCAGUUUCAUCAAGGGGGGUAAGGAAAGAAUAUCUACAGUUUCUUGUUAUACAUAACUUUAUUGGUGUCAUCCCUUCCUGCUAUGAUCUGAGACUAGGCACUGAAAAGAUUCUUCUCUUGAAGGUUCUUGUUUCCUCUCCUUUUAGUGCUGUUCUUGGUUGUGUUUUCAUGUGGUCUGCAGUUCUCCCUACCUCCUUCUCUUGUCAGUAUUUUAUCUCUUCAGGACAUUAUAAUGCUGGUUUAGGAAGACUGUUCUUUUAUUCACCCCCCAGUUGUCCUGGGUUUCUGAACCUUUCCUGGUUGGCUUCCUGUGUGGUUGCCAACUAAUCAGAACGCUCACAAAUUAUUAGAAAUGUGAAGCUAGAACAAGAGGCUUAUUUCUGCUCCUGACUUCUCCUCAGCUUUUGUAGCAACUGAAUGCUUGUCUUCAUUAUGGUUUUGGUUGUGGGUUGCUUUUCCCCCUCUGCUUUCUGACUGGUUUGUUUUUCUUUCAGUUUGGGAUGACUGAUCUCUGCCUUUUCCAUUCAUGCCAAAGGCUACUGGUUUUGACCUCUCCUCUUUCCUUCAUGCUUGACCAAAGGGUGUCAGAUCUCCACUCAGGCCUAUGUACUAUGACUUUGAAUUCAGUUCUUGCUCUUCUUUACCUCAUAUUCUUAAUUCUCUUGGUUUGCCCAAUUUAUACCACCUUGUGUUUCCUUUCAGCAGAACCUUUUCUCUGAAACCUUGGAGGUGUUUGUUGCUUCACAUCUACAAGUUUCUCUUUUUACAUUUUAUGAAAAGUGCUGGUGCUUGGACUUGAGUUAGUGCCUUGAUUUUUAUACCAUCACUGACACCUUCGUCCAAAAUCAUCACCUCAGUCAACAAACCUGGUUAAGAACUAUCCAGUUUGUCUACUUCUUUUGCUCUACCUCAUUAUUAAACUAUUCCUCCUCUGUUCUCAUGGUUGUCUCAUCUGUGGAGUUAGUUAAAAGUCUCUCUUCCAAUUUAGAUUUAAUCACUUAUUUGGUGGUUGUUUCCUACUUCCUGAUCCACCUCUUACUAUUUCCAAGCUGCUUCCUAAAUACAGCCUCUUCAGCAACUUCAGAUCUUCCAAAGUGUCUUCCUUUUCCCUGCUUUCUCUCACAUUGUAUCUUUUUAAAGUCUGUUGUCAAAGUGCUAGUUUAUGAAUUUUCUCUUUCAUGCAUAACAUUUGUGAUUUAGUCUCUUUCAAGCAUCAUGAUCGUGACUAAGGAAGCGAUCCUGUACGUGUGUCACUUGCGUGUUUAAUACUUCAGCUGAAGUUGCUCUUUAAAUAAAAUCGAAUGUGAUGUUCUGAA